AUCAAUAAUAUGAAUUGGGUAACCUCAACGAUGCAAUGGGGAAUAAGCGUGCCGAAGCAAGAAACGAUUGCAUGCAAUUACUUGUGGGUGCUCAAUACAUCAGCAAAACGGAUAGAAACAAGCUUGCAGAACACCUUGGACUGAAGGAGUCACAGGUGAAGAUCUGGUUCCAGAACCGAAGGAUGAAGAGGAGAAACUCUAAAGAGAAAGAGACCUUCUGCCAUAAAUCUUGUGAAGAAGAAGAUGAUAAUUCGCUGGAGAGUGAAUUACUCAAUGAAUACACUAUUUGUGCAGCAGCAGCCGCGGAAGUUGGAUUCACAAAUCACAGUCCAUUGCACCAAAGGGAACUCGUUUGCAUUCCAGCAAAGGAACAGUGCGGUAAUUCAUAAUGACGUUAGCUUCUUUUUUAUUCUUUGAAAUGUAAAGCUUUGCGUAUAGUUCUUUACUGACCUCUGCUGGCACAGACCUGAAAAAAAAAAAAAAAAAAAAAAAACUAUUGUAAAGGUU